AUGAAUGCUACUGAAUACGAUCAUCAAAUCAACUUCACCGCAAUUCACAUCGAUAAUUUGGUUGAUGACAGCAAUUUAUCGUAUCUGAUAGCCUCAACAUCUGCGAUAAUUCCACAUAAUGCAAUCGUAAUGCCAAAUGGUCUCAUCGUAAUGCAUUACGUUUAUAUUCUACAAGGCUCGAUUCUGAUGAUUACGAAUGCACUUCUUGCGAUAACAAUUCUCAAACAUUAUGUGCUCCGUCAACGUUACCUGAUUCAACUCUUCCAGAUUUGCGUGGAUGUUUCAAGCGGUUUUGCACUCACAUCAGCGGGACUUGGACGCUUAGUAGUCACUUACAUUCAUCAAAAUAGGCUGAGAAGUUCACGCUUCUGUAUGUUUAUGCCAUGGAAUAUAAUUGCCGUUUGGUCGGAGCCAUUGACAUCGUUGUGUUUGCUGAUGGUGAGCACAGAUCGGCUUCUAGCGCUCAUUAUACCGUCAGUUUACUUGAGAAGAAGUGUUCAAUUUCAGCUGUUUCAGGUUCUCAAAGAAUUCUUAAAACUAAUUUGA